UGUCUGUUUAUAGCGUUUUGGUUGCAAUAUGCAGCCAAUAAAACUAUUUGCGCAUAAUGAGACUUUAAAACUGUUAGUGUAAUUCUGUUAUUUGGACUUUCUGGGUAAUUUCUUCUCAGAACAACCACUGAACAACGGCUGAUUAAUAAAAUCAGUGCAUUAAAAUGAUUGAAAACGUUAAGAUACAUCUCGCGCCACCGCGAUUUUCAAAUGUUACUUAGUUGCGGAUUGAUUGCGCGCAACCAAAGCAAUCGUGUCCCACGUCGGCUUCCACACGGGCAACACUGAGUUUGGGACGUGUGAUUGUCAACAAAAAAAAUCUGUUUGUAAAUAUUUGUGUGAAUCCGUGCUGAAAAGGACCUGAAUAUCUUGCAGAAUGACCUCUGGUCCGCUGGAGAAGAUCCAGGUGCUGGAUCAGAUAGAGAAGGAGAUUGUCUUGUGCCUACAGAGUGCUGGUCAGGCGCUGCUGGAGCUCAGCAAGGAGAAGUCGAGCCAGAAGAAUGCCGAGAAUCACACACAACAAUUCCUGAAAUCCCUGAACGCCGUGGAGUCCAAGCUUCUGGAGCAGAUCAACUACCUCACUCAAGUGUCUACGGGGCAGCCUCACGAAGGGUCCGGCUAUGCGGCUGCCAAGGUGCUUCAGAUGGCGUGGCACAGAAUCCACCACGCUCGGUCUCGCGUCCGGGAGCUGGAAGAGUCCAAGUCGAAGUACUUGCAGAUAGCCAAUAGGCAGCAGCCGAAUUAUCCGAACGGUGGAAAUGCUCAACAGGGAGGUUCAAAUAUUUAAUAAAUCAAUUUAUUU